UGCCCUGGUGUUGGAAUCUAUUGGGGGCGUGGAUGGUUAGCAACCGGCAAUCGGCAAUCGGCAAUUAGUAUGCCUCACUGCACUCGGGCGGGGUAUAAAAGAGCUGGGGCCAGGUUAGCCCUGGAUUAGUGCCAGCAUGAAGCUUCUACUGGUGUUGCUGUUGGUUAACAUUCUUACUUGUUGCUUGGCUGAACGGCGGAGGUUCGACAACUACAGGGUUUACAGAGUGAACCCAACGAAGGCGAUUCAAUUGGAGGGACUGCGACCUUUGGAGGGCAGAAGCGAGGAUGCAUUGAUUUUGAACAACCUCCAUCUUGGCCCCACUGAUUUCCUAGUAGCUCCCGGCUACGUCCAAACCUUUUUGGAACUUCUCAAAGGCUUGGACCUCGCUCCCGAACUCAUCGACAACAAUGCCCAAGUCAGUUUGUCCCUGGAUAUAGAGCCCGUGGCGGAUGCAAAUCGCCGCAGUGAUGAUUACUCCUGGACGGAAUACCAUGAGCUUAACGACACCCAUCGCUGGCUGCAGAAUCUGGUGGCCAAGUACCCGGAUAUUGUCAGUAUCUUUGUGGCAGGACAGAGUUACGAGGAACGAGAACUGUUGGGUCUGAAAAUUAAUCACAUCGAUGGCAGGACGGACAAGCAGUCAAUCUUUUUGGAGGCUGGAAUGCAUGCAAGGGAGUGGAUCGGUCCUGCCACAGCCACGUACUUCAUCAACGAACUACUGACCUCCCAGCAGCCGGAGAUUCAGGGUCUGGCCAGAUCGUAUGUGUGGUACAUACUGCCCCAUGCGAACCCGGAUGGUUAUGUCUACACCCACAAAACGAAUCGCAUGUGGCGUAAGACGCGCAGUCCACAGGACAAAAACUGCAUUGGGACGGACCCGAACCGAAACUGGGACUUCCACUGGCGCGAGGUGGGUGCCAGUUCUGAUCCCUGCUCGGAGUCAUAUGCCGGACCCAAGGCGUUUUCCGAACGCGAAGUGGAGACCCUCUCGCAGUACCUCAGGUCCCUGCCGGAACCGAUGUUCAUGUACCUCUCGCUGCACUCCUUUUCCCAGCUGCUGCUAUAUCCCUAUGGUCACACAUCCAUGCUGCCGCAAAACCAUAAGGACUUAGAACAGAUCUUCAAUGCAGCAGUGGGCGCAGUGAAGCAGCGUUACGGAACUCGUUAUACGGGAGGAAAUGUCUACGAUGCGAUCUAUCCGGCGGCUGGUUCAAGCAUGGAUUGGGUCUACGGAGAGCACAAUGUGAAGUACUCCUUUACCUACGAGCUUCGGCCCUCUGGCUACAGUUUCUGGACCGGCUUUAGACUACCCGCCUCCCAAAUAGUACCAACUGGACAGGAGACCACGGAUUCGUUGGUGCAGAUGAUCAAAACAGCUGCUCAAAUUGAGGGUUAUAAAAUUCAAUAAUAUAAAGAGCUAUUUUGAAAAAUCUUAUUUUAUUAUUUUUGA